AUGGCUUUUAUACUCUUAUCGCAGACACUACGACGAUUCCUAUCAGGACCUCAAUACGGUUACGAAGCAAAUGAAACUAGACACGGAAAGGUCGAAACCAUUAGCAGAGAUGCUCAAGGACAAUUUAUCUCUGGUGGGCUAACUGGGAUUGUGGAACUCCUUGGUGAUGGUACCGUCCUUAAAUCGCCAUUUCCUGACGCUGAAAUAGAAAACCACAUCCUGGAAAUUGCCAAAGAGGCCAGUAUCUAUCAUCGCGUUGGCCCACAUGAAAGGCUGGUACGAAUAUUGGAUCACUCUAGGGAUGGCCUUAUUCUUGAGUAUAUGAAAAACGGUGACCUCAAAACCUAUCUUCAAGCCCAAAACUCGAUUCCGAUGAGCCUGAAGUUGAAGUGGGCAUACCAAAUCGCGCAAGCCGUCGCUCUCCUACAUAGUAACGGCAUAAUCCACUGCGAUAUCAAACCGCGAAAUUUCCUCUUAGACGCGACUCUCAAUAUCAAAAUCAUUGACUUCUCUGGCUCUUCGCUAGAUGGGUCUAAACCGGCCUCUGGUGAGGGAACUCGAUUCUAUCUCCCACGACAUUGGAGAGACCCACCUACCGUGGCUACAGAUCUAUUUGCGCUCGGGUCGACUCUUUACGAGGUUUUUCAAGGAACUAGUCCCUACGAGGAGAUUCCUAGCGAUCAAGUGGAAGAAUGUUUCAAGAGAAAGGAGUUCCCUAAUGUUUCUGCUAUUCCAUGCGGACAGAUUAUCAAGCAGUGUUGGUUAUCCCAAGUCGAUUCAGCCGAAUAUGUACAGGCUUUUAUGCGAGAUAUAAUUCGCAGUAAGCUUAACGCCGACUAUAUCCCUCAUCUCGAUGGUUUAGACAUUGCUCGGGGUGUGUUGAUUGACCAAGUGGGGUAUCCUUAG